AUGGCUAUGCUGGACUUAAUCAGUCGAAUUCGUGGCCAGAAGGCCUGGGGUGAUAAUGGUGGUGCAAGGAAGGACACUCUUCCGAAGUAUAUCGAGCCCACCAUUAUGUCUGUUCCUAUUACCCCUGGGACUCAAACUCCUGGUACUCCUUACUGGGACUCUCCAUCUACUUUGGUGGGAUCCCCCACCGAGAUCAAAAAAGAGGAGAACCCUCUGGAGAAGCUACCUGAAGAGUUUGGUCGGUUGGGAUCUUGGAGAGGAGCUUUGAUCCUGCUGGUGACUUCCGGCUCUCAAUUCCUCGACAAUGUUUUCAUGACAAGCUCAAACAUGGCUCUGGCCUCAAUCCAAAAAGAGUUUGAUGUCUCCAGUACCAACUUGCAGUGGAUGAUCUCUGCCUAUACUCUGGCUUUUGGUGGCUUUCUACUGCUGGCUGGAUCUCUGUCUGAUCGAUAUGGAAGGAAGAAGAUUCUGUGCGUUGGACUUUUCUGGCUUUCUAUCUGGACCUUGGCUAUUGGAUUCGGUCAGUCUUUUAUUCAGCUGACUAUCUUCCGUGGCAUUCAAGGCAUUGGGGCCGCAAUGACUGUCCCAUCAGCCAUCGGAAUCAUCAGCUCAUACUUUACUGGUGUUGACCGAACUAGAGGCCUGUCCAUAUAUGCUGCCUCUGGAACAGUAGGCUUCUGUGCAGGUCUCAUAUUCGGUGGAUUCCUCACAUCAUCAUUGGGUUGGCGAUACAUCUUUCACUUGAUCGUCAUUAUCACGAGCCUGCUCGGUAUUUUGGGCAUGAUUGUUCUGCCUAGAGACCGCAAAGCAGACAAAGCGAGACCUAGUAUGGAUUACUUGGGUGCAGUGCUCUCUACCUCUGGGCUCAUCCUCUUUCAAUUUGUUCUAUCAAGUGGUGGUGUUUAUGGUUGGAGCAAACCAUUUGUUAUUGUGCUUCUGAUUCUAGCCAUUGCAAUUCUGGUUGCAUUCACCAUUCUGGAGAAAUACGUCAGUAGUCCACUCAUGCCAUUGUCUCUGUGGAAAAUUCGAAAUUUCGCCGGUCUCUGGGUUGCAGGCUUCACUUGCUACGGUAGCUACCAGAACGUCAUUUAUUACGUUGUACUCAUUGCGCAACAAGUGGACAAGCUAUCCGCGGGCGAUACUGCUAUUCGCUUUUUACCAAUGGGAUUGAUAGGAUUCAUUGCCUCUCUGGGCACAGGAAAAGCGCUCGAGUACAUGAAUGGAAAAUACCUCCUCCUAGCAGGACUGGUUCUUACAGUGGUGGCACCAAUUCCGAGUGCCCUGACAGUUACAUCGACUGAAAACUUCUGGAUCAACACCCUUGCUACAUCACUCAUCAGUAUCUCUGCCGUAUCUUUAAUUUUUGUCACAACCAGCACAGUAAUCCUGACCAGCGUACCAGUUGAAGUCAAAAGUCUAUGUGGAGGAAUGCUUAACACGGCAUUCCAAAUCGGCUCUGGUGUUACACUUGCCAUUUCGGCAGCAACGACUGAAGCAGUUGAUAUUAGAAAAGGACAUGGAAUUGCUCAGCAGUAUUCUACUGGCCUCUGGUGCUCUACUGGUAUUGCCGGUAUUGGGUUGGUGGUCGGUUUGCUUGCAGUCCGAAGCAAAGGAAUUGGACCAAAGGACAGAAUUGGUGGUCCAGUUGAUAUUUGA